AUCCGCAAUCAAUAAAAUCUACUUUUCGGCAUAAUGUGGCAGUCUGUGACAGUGAUUUAGUCUUCAAACUUCAUUAUAUAUACAAACAUUAACAAUUUUGAUAGAACUUACUAUCAAAUUAGGACUUUUUUGUUCUAAUCGUAUUUUAUUCAUAUUUUUAUUUAUUUAUAAUUAUCUUAGAUUGUUACAUUACCUAGGAAAAAAUGGAUCACUUAGUUGAUGAUCAAGGGAGCUUGAGAGAUUUUCUUAAAGAGGCAGAGCUUAUGCAGUAUUUCGAGUUAUUCAGAGAUAUAUUAAAAGUUAGUAAGUUGUCACAGUUAAAAUUUGUCGCACUUGAAGAUUUAGCACAAAUUGGGCUCUCUAAGCCUGAACAAAGAAGGUAUAAGAAAAUCUACUCGAAAUACUUUCCAAACGCUUAUAAAGUGAUGCUACGGAAAAUUCUUAAUGUAAAUAAGAAAACAGAACCGCCGAGACAUGACCUAGGUUUAAUACCGAGCGAAUAUCAAUCGAUAACAGAUAUUAAUGUAAAGGUUCCUACAAAACACAUAAUAUCCAUCGAGGAUAUUACGAUCAAUAAAGAACUAGGUAUGGGCCAAUUUGGUGUUGUACAACAAGGGACAUGGACAACAGGAAAUCAAAGGCUACAAGUGGCAAUCAAAUGUUUGGGAAAUGAGCGAAUGACAUCGAAUUCAACAGAAUUUUUAAAGGAAGCCGCCGUAAUGCAUAGUAUAGAACAUCCUAACAUUGUACGGUUGUAUGGUGUGGUUCUACAUUUAGAUUCAUUGAUGUUGGUAACAGAGCUUGCACCGUUGCGGUCGCUUCUAGAAUGUCUGCGUGAGGUCACUCUCAGAAGUAAUUUCUCGGUAGCAGUUCUUUGUGAGUUCGCUGAACAGAUCUGUGAUGGAAUGACUUAUUUGGAGAAUAAAAGACUGAUACAUAGGGACUUGGCCGCGAGGAAUAUAUUAGUUUUUAGCAAGGACAGGGUAAAAAUCUCAGAUUUUGGAUUAUCGCGGGCAUUGGGUGUGGGCAAAGAUUACUAUCAGACUAACUACAACGUGAAUCUCAAAUUACCUGUCGCGUGGUGUGCUCCAGAAUGCAUUUUGUACUUAAAGUUUACCUCGUCGAGCGAUGUUUGGGCAUUCGGUGUAUGUUUAUGGGAAAUGUUUACAUAUGGCUUUCAACCAUGGGCUGCUUUUUCUGGUCAGCAAAUCUUGGAAGCGAUUGAUGCACCCAAUUUUCAGAGACUAGAGCGUCCGGAAUGUUGUCCUGACGCAUAUUAUUCGUUGAUGCUAGAGUGCUGGUCACAUGAUCCGAAUGAUCGACCGAAAUUUAAAGAUUUGGGUCCUAGGUUACCCCAGCUCAGACCGGACGAAGUUGAAGUCAUAGCAAAUUAUAAGAAAACAGAAGACGGCAGGCGCAGUAACUUUCUCGAGUACAAAGUCGGGCAGAGGAUAACAGUUCUCGGAAAAGAAAAUUAUACUAAAUCAGCUAUGUGGUAUGGCGUCCUACCCGGCGGAGCCUGCGGCAUGUUCGACCCGAAUCACACGAAAUUAUUUAUCAGGCAUGAGAGGGGUUCAUUAGCUCCUUCACUGUCACCGCAUCCAACUCGUAACUCCACUCGAUCCAUACGUUCAUCGCUAUUGCGGUCCGACGUGAAAAGACACACAUACACGGGCAAACGCACGAUACAACGCAGCAUGAUAUCGAGCCCGCAGGGGGAGGUGAAGCAUACCGGUCACGUGGGCCUUGACGGGGCCUACUUUGGUGAUCUUUCGUUCCUGGAUCCAACAGGAUGUCCACCACGUCAGAUCGUGACCCCGUAUAAACCAUCCGAGGAUUUGGAACAAGUUCCGUUAAUCAAUCCCAAUUCGCCAUCUCAUCUCACUGCCACAACUAGUACUUCUCCGUACCCGCUGCUGAGUUCCGGCAGACAGGCCAAGGCUGAGUGCGAUGAAGUCGAUCUAUCAUAUGGCGACAAGUCCAAGAGCUCUAAAAAGCCUCAGAAGCCCCAGAAGUCUCACAAGUCGAUCUCCGAACCGACAACCAGUAAAAGUCUUCUCGGCAAGGUUAAAAGCGCUACACUUGGCCGCUCGCACAAAAAUGAAGACGCCAAUUCAAAGACCGACGAAGUUCACGAGUAUCAUGAAAUAUCAGAUACUGAGACGGAUAGUAUUGCUGCCGAGAUGAAGACAGAUGCAUUUCCUGAAAGUCCUGCACUACUAAAGGGUUGCGGGGACUUCAGUCAGAGCUUGCUGGAUGAAAUUGAUUCGAUUUUUCGAAAUCUAGAUAAUACCAAACGAGUGGAAGAACCGAAAAGGACAUAUGUCAGAACUAUGCAGAGCGAAGUAGAAGCGGCGCUAAGAGCUCAUAAUUUAUCGCAAAUGGAGAAGAAAAAGGGUUCCAACUCUGGAACGAUGAAACCUAUGUCAGCACACGAUGAGAGGACUCUCAAUACGGCUGUUGCUUUAGCCAACGAACUUACGACCAAAUCAAUGAACGAUUUGGAGAGCGAUUCAAAACCUUUGCAGUCGCCUAACGAACGUUCCAAGUUUCACUUCAAGUUUCCGCUAGUAUCGUCUCUUCACCACCAUCAUCAUCACGACUCUGAUAAAGAUGCAUCCAGCAAGGCUGAACGUCGUAACUUCAGUGAAGAGGCCAAGAGCGUGCCAGAUAUUCAGGCUACUAUAACCGAAGAGAGCAAACUAGCCUAUACAAGUCUAAUCGAGCAACCGACGCCAUCUUCUUCCCUGAUAACGCAAAUAAACCAUGAUGCAAAGAAUCCAUCGAAGUCGACCCACAAACCAUCAACUAUCCCGAAGCCAGCUCCGCGUUCGCAGAAUAUACCGCAGCAAUUCCUUUCGCUGCAAAAACAAAUAUCGUUCCAAGCGAGAAAAGUUGCGACGGAAUCAGAUGACCCUGAGAUUGAUAAUGUAAAUGCUAUUCCUUUACCACCGAGAGGAUCCAAACCGAAACUGGUCGACAAGCCGAGACAUAUAAGAAAAUAUCCAUUGCGUUUACCGAACGCGGAUACACAGGCGAUUAUCUCUCACAGUAUACAAAUCGAGGCCAAACCUCAGACGAUUAUUUACCAAAAUACGGUCAGGUGCUCGAUUCCGACGAUUAAAAUCAAUGAUGAAAUAGCAGUGGACAAUGUUCCUGUGAAUAAUGACGGGGCGGGUGUGGACGUUUUCGACGGACCCGACGUCAACGAUACCAAUCCUUUUACCACUAUACCAGAUACUGACGCAGACGUUCCCGGACCGAGUUCUAGUAACCCGUUCAAAUGUUAUCUUGACAACGAAACAAAAGAUUCGAAUACUGAUGAUUGUGAAGGAGCCGUGGGCGGUCAAACGGAUUUCGAAGAAGAAGUGACUUUGAAAAAAGAUUACGUGUCGGUUGAAGAUCUGCUAGAAUUUGCUGAUCAGAAGCCAUCAUCGAGGCAGCGUGGGGUGGAAUCCGAUGAAGUUAGGAUUAUGAACAAAGUGCUUAAACAACAGGUAACACCAGAAGAAUGCUUAGAUGCAAUAGAAUUCUGCGAUUGGAAUAUCCACUUGGCGAUUAAAUUGCUGAGGAUAAAGAUAUCCGUUGGAAAUGCAAUGAAGGUCUCCUUUGAAGAUUGCCGAAGGGAAUUGGAAAACGCUGACGGUGACAUAGUUAAGGCAGCUGCUGUAAUUGUAUUAUCUAAUAAAAAUGUAAAAGUUUAAUU